AUGCCGGGCAAAUAUAUUGAGAAAUAUGACCAGGUCCCUGUCACCAAGGAAGAUCUUGACUGGGCCGAACUUAUCACACUGGACCUAAGCCAGUACGAACAGCCAGGAGGAAAGGAAGAUCUUGUCAAGCAGCUCGAUCAUGCUGUUCGAAAUGUUGGAUUUUUCUAUGUGAAGAACUUUAACAUUAGUCAAGAAGAGAUCGACAACCAGUUUGCUCUAGGGCGGGAGUUCUAUGCCCUGCCACUUGAAGAGAAACUCAAGUUCCACAGUGCCAGUGACCUUGAGAGAGGUGAAUACAACUCUUACCGCCCUGCUGGGCAGCGGAUCCUAGGAAAUGGCAUCAAGGAUAAUGUCCAAGUUUACAAUCUCCCAAAGUUCGAUGGUCACCACGAGCGACCCCAGCCUUCUAUCCUUACCGAGCAUAUCAAGGAGAUUGAAACCUUUAGUCGGAAAUGCCACACCGAAGUCGUUGAGAAGCUUCUCCGCCUCUUCGCAAUUUUGCUUGAGUUGCCGGAUGAAAAUCAACUGGUCCGCGACCAUCAAUACGAUGUCAAGGGCGAGGAUCAUCUACGCUAUAUGCAUUAUGCUGCCCGAAGUGCUGAGGAUAACAAGAAGGUUGGUGAACUUUACACCCCCGGCCACACUGACUUGGGAACCGUUACUCUCCUGUUCCGGCAACCCGUAGCCGCACUUCAAAUCCUCAAUUCAGAGGGUAACUGGAAGUGGGUGCGGCCCCAGGAUGGGACUAUUACAAUCAACACCUGCGAUGCCUUGACGGCGCUCACUGGUGGUUUGAUCAAGUCCAGUAUUCAUCGGGUGCAUGCACCCCCUGCCGACCAGGCUCACAUUGACCGGUUGGGUGUGUUGUACUUUGCUCGGUAUGUUGGUUUGAAUAUUCCGCAUCCGGAGUCUUCGGAGUCUAAUGAAUGCAGCCCCAACAACCACAUUGUCCUUGACCCGAUUCAGAACAGUCCCCUCCUCCAGAGGCUUGGCUUGACCACCAACGUGUUCACUGAACUCGGGCAGCACCUCACGACCGAGGAGUGGGUUAAAGUUCGACAAACACAACAGCAACGAAGAAACCAGGAGGUCAAAAUCUCCCUUGAGGGGAAGUACAUCUAUAAGCCGAAGGAUCUCGAGAUCAUUCCUGGCCUUCAGGCUGCGGUCUACAACUAG